CAUGAUGAUGAAGAAGAAGAAGUUUAAGUUUAAGGUGGACUUCGAGCUCGAGGAGCUCUCCUCGGUGCCCUUCGUCAACGGGGUCCUCUUCUGCAAGAUGCGGCUGCUGGACGGCGGCAGCUUCACCGCCGAGUCCCCCAGGGAGGUGGUGCAAGCAAACUGUGUUCACUGGAGAAAGAAGUUCUCAUUUAUGUGCAAAAUGAGUGCAAGUGCCACCACAGGCAUCCUGGACCCUUGUAUCUACAGAGUAUCUGUGAGGAAGGAAUUAAAAGGUGGAAAAGCUUAUGCAAAGCUGGGCUUUGCAGAUCUAAACCUGGCAGAGUUUGCUGGAUCAGGAAAUACCACUCGUCGCUGUUUACUGGAAGGCUAUGACACCAAAAAUACAAGACAAGAUAAUUCCAUUCUUAAAGUUUUGAUCAGUAUGCAACUGAUGUCUGGUGACCCCUGUUUUAAAACGCCUCCUUCUACGUCAAUGUCUAUACCAAUUGCUGGCGAGUCCGAAUCUCUGGAAGAAGAUAGAAAAGGUGGAGAGACUCUCAAAAUUCAUCUUGGGAUAGCAGAUCUCUCAGCAAAGAGUGCCUCUGUUCCAGAUGAGCUUGGUGCCUGUGGACACUCUAGAACGUCAAGCUAUGCAAGCCAGCAGUCAAAAGUAUCAGGGUAUAGCUCAUGCCACUCCCGGUCAUCUAGUUUCUCUGAGCUCUGCCACAGGAGAAACACUUCCGUGGGAAGUACAUCAACAGGGAUCGAAAGUAUUCUAGAGCCAUGUGAUGAAAUUGAGCAAAAGAUAGCUGAACCAAAUCCUGAUGCAGCUGACAAAGAAGAUACAGCUUCAGAAACACCCAACAGAUGCCCAGUGAAACAAGAUUCUGUAGAAUCUCAGCUGAAGCGAGUUGAUGACACCAGAGUGGAUGCAGAUGAUGUUGUGGAGAAAAUAUUACAAAGUCAAGACUUCAGCCUAGAUUCCAGUGCAGAAGAAGAAGGACUGAGGUUAUUUGUGGGUCCUGGGGGAAGAGCAACCUUUGGCAGUCGUCAUCUUCCAAACAGGGUGGGGUCUGGAGCUUAUGAACAAGUUGUGAUCAAACGCUAGAAGUCAAGCUGGUUAGCUGAAGCUGCCCUGUGGGAUUCAGAUGUGGGCAGUCAAGCUAUCAAGGCACUUUGUUCAAGUGCUUAUAAGGAAAUGAACCUAUUUAAAAAAGGAAGCCUGUUCAUCUAUCAAGAGGAAAGCCAACACUGAUUUCUUCUCCGAAGGUGCCCACCACUGUCCUUUCUCACCCACCAACAGGGACCACGGGAAGGUAGUACUGGGGCAGUGUGCCUCGUGCGCUUGGAGAUACAUGGCUUCUGCAGUCACUGCACAGAAUAAUGAAAAGCCUGCUUUUUCUCUCUAAACAUCCAGUGGGAAAAAACAGCGCUGUACCUCUGAGUAUAGUUUUAGUGUCAAAGUGUAAAACCUGUGAUAAAAGUGCUCGACAGAAUCGAGCUCUAAUUAAUUUUUUGUGUUGAGGACAGUAAGUGAAAAUAAUUUAAACCCUAUAGAUUCUGCCAAGAAUAAGUAUAAUUCCUGUGAAGGGAAUCUUCCAUAUUAUACUACCUGCAUUAUUGUACUAAGGUCAUUAACUCUUUUUGAUGCAAUAAUUGAUAUAAAAUGUGGGUGUUUCGUGCUUUGGGAAAAUGUUAUACCACAACUUAAACAUGUGAAAUGCUUAAUUCUUAAAGUAUCAGUCAUAAGUUGAAUAACAAGCGUGAGUUAUUCAAGUUUGAGGUACGUGAGUGGGUAUAAUGCCGUUAUUACGCCGUGUGCAUCGUUACUUGUUAAUUUUAGAUGAGCUGCAGAACUCGCACUAGCACUAUAGAAGAGGUUGGAGGUAAGUUUAAGAUUUGGUGUGUUAGGGUUCCGUGAGACACCCUAGCAUCAGAGCUCUGUUAACUAACAGAAGACUGUCUGCUGGUUUCAGAAGUCAGAAUUUAGAACAAGAGGAAAAUUGUGAUAUGAUCAGAAACAGAGCUGCCUUUUCUACUGAAGUUCAGGCUUAUCUGAAACUGAAAAGUAUUCCAAGGAGGUAAUGAAUAAAAGACAGAGGACAGCCACUCAACAUCACUGACACGGACUCGUGGUUUUCUGUUUUGGCCCCCUUGAUCAGAUACAUGUUUUCUUCUGUACUAUAUCAGAAAUUAGUUAUUUUGAAGCGAGAAUAGAAUGUCACAUGCAUCAAAUAAGCUUUUAAAAUAAGAAAAUCUGAUCUGGAUCCAGUUCAAUAGCACAGCAGAUAAACCUUAAGAGUUUUUCUAGUCUCACGUGACAGUUUCUGUGUGGAAAGACCUCAAUUUUCUUGGAAUCACUCAAUCACUGAAGAAAAAUGUUGGUUGUAUAGAACUAGUAAUUCCCAGUCCUUACUUUCCAAACCAUGUCAAAGAAAUUUAGUAUGUUAGAAUAGAAUUACUUUAGUCUAAUGGUUUCAUGUUGGCAAAAUAAGGGAAAAUAUAUAUUAUUUUUUUAAGAAAAUUUAUUUUAAUAUCCAAAUUUAGAAGCUUAAAAGUUUUUGAAUAGUUCAUGUUAGGAUUUUUUUUUUUAAUGUUUCAAGGAUUGGGCAUUCCAAAUUAAUUCAAUACUACCUUUAUAAAUAGAUUCUGAGGUUUUUUAAAAGAGAUAACGCCCCAUUUUAAAAUGUUCUGAAUGUUGAGAGAGAGGAUUUUCUGAGUCACCAGUUAUACUUUCUUAUUUUUUAAGAUUUGUUUUGAAAGAAAAAAAUGGACCUUAUCAUUUUAGUCUAACCAAGGAAAAUAUUACUGUAAGUGGUAAACAACUUGCUGUCUGCAAAUAAACAGGUGAACUGAUCCAUUCAUUAUAUAUUAUGGGAAGGAAAAAGAAUCAGAAAGUUUUUAAUAGAGAUAUGAAGAUAUUGUUUAGAGAGAUAGUUAUUGACAUGUCUUAAAAACAUAUUUUUCUAUUUUCAAAGUAUUAUUCCUAAGCUAUAUUUUUUAUUGGCACUUCUGCAAAUGAUUUUGCAGUUUUGAAAGUGAUAAUAAAAACUGGAUUGUAAAUUAGGUUCAGUGAGGUCAUUCUUCAGAGACGUAAAAGAUGCUGUGAUUAGGGCACUGCACCAUCUUCCUCAUCCUUGGCUGCCCUUCGCCCAGGACCUUCAUACAAGACUGGCUCUUGGUAUUUAAUAUGAUAUAGAAUUAUUUUUAAAAAACAAAGUGUGGAGAGAUUUUGAAAAGCAUGAAAAUCGUGCCUUUAUGAUUUGAGCAGCCACCAGAUACAUCUUGAUUUACGUAGUAGUAAAUGUUUCAGAUUUUUUUACCAAGUAAAAAUAUUAGAAAGAAAAAAAAAUGACAGUAUCCUCUGUAGUCAGUGAAAGUCUGGAUUCAUUUUAUUCUAUUUUGUGUCCCGUCAGCAACUUUGUAAUCACAUUUCAUUACAGUCCUUGAAAAUAUUUGUUAAAAGACCAAGUGUUCAUCUUCCUUUCUAGUUUUUCUUCAAGUAUGUACUGUUAAUGUCUUAACCAUGUAGCUGUUAAAAAAAAAUCUGCUUAUUAAAUACCAAACCCACUUUGGGUUCCAUUUUGAGGUUAGAAAAUUGAAUUUGAAAAUUAAAUCAUAAUAAAUUUUUAAUUUUUAAAUAUUAAAUAUUUUAUUUUUUAAUAGCAAAGUUGAAUUUUAAAUCAUCCAGUCUUAGAAAAUUUGCAGAUGUAUAUAACAUUUUCUUUUUCUAAUCUUAUCCUAGAGAAGAAGAUUCAUGGUAUUUUAAAGCUAUGUAUUUGUGAUCAGGUAAUGAAGUGUCUUAAAUACCUUGCUUGGGGAAAAUACAGAGACCAGUCAGGAGCCCACAUCUUGUGCUGGUGACCAAGACUAGAGAGGAUGUGAAGGGUAGCAAAGGGCAGGGAAGGCCCUGGACCAUCGGUUUACACUCUGAUGGUCGACUCCCCUUUGCCAUGGUGGUGCUGAAGGCUUCUGUAAAUGGACAACUGAUUCAGAUUAGUACUUAAAAUCUGAGAAAGUCUUGACCAAGAAUCCUAAAGCCCACCAUCCCAUUCCAGCAAAAUACUGUCAGAGUAAUGAUGUCCAAACUAACUUCUUUGCUUUUUUUUUUUUUAAUGAAAACCAUGAGCCACAGAGGUCCACCACUUAGCCCAUUUGUUGCUAGAAGGGGAAAAAAAAUCUCCUACUAGCUCCAGUCAAAACAUAUUCAGGUAUUGAUGAGUUUUAAUAAGUUAAAACACCCAGAAGUAUUUUCAGAAUUUAAGAUUUCUAUGCUGACUAGACCCCUUUGCAAGUUCAAGCUGACAGUAUUAUUACAUACUUCAUUGACGCUCUCUGACGUGUUAGGCUUCCGUUAUAUAUGAUAAUGCUCUGAAAGAGACUGGGCUUAUGACAGGGUUGCAUUUUAUUUUAACAGAUCUUUAACUGGGGCAGUUCAGAAAAUAUACUUGGUCAGUUCUCCUCGGUGGUACGUCAUGUUAAUAUAGUCUAGUACUGCAGUUGAGAUUGUGUUAUGCUGUGACCCAUAUGUUGGCUUAGGUACUGUGCACAGUCUUAAUAGCUGAGAUGUUGUUAAAGAAUAUGAAGUCUAAAAAUACAAAGGGUAAAAUAUGCCUAUAUUAACCUGUUUUAAGAUUGCUUUGGAAAUAAAGGCCUUAUUCCUAUAUACAUGACUUCUCAUAAGAUAAAAUAUACACAUUAUAUUUUAAA